CAAAAUCGUCAUAAAUUCCCUUUAACUUUUCACAAAGUUCUCUUGGUAAAAUGACUAAAUAAUAUGUCUAAGGAGGAUGCAUUAGAUUUUCUGUAACCCUAUUUCACGACCAGCCACCCCCGCCUUCCCAUUACCGGUCACUGCACCCCUUCCCGCCGUACGCCGCUGCCGCUCCACAGCAUAUCUUUUCCUAUUUCAUGUACCUGUGUCGUCUCGAACUGGUUUGAAGGGCGUGAGAGUUGAGUUAUAAGCAACCUAGAGAUAGCUAUGGGAGUAGAGCAAAACGACCCUUUGAAGGGAGUAGAGCAAAAAGACCCUUUGAAGGGAGUAGACUGGAAAGCUGUGGGUGGGGAUAUGCAGAAAGAUCCCAGUUCUACAAACAUUAUAAAGAAAAGGCGUCCAACAAAAAUUAGGCAAAUCCCAGAUUAUUAUUUUCUUCCUAGAAGAUCCCUUCCUUCUGUCAUGGCAUUCUAUGGGGCCUGUAUUGCUGGUGGAAUCGGUGCUGGUAUGCUGGUGGAGAUCUGGAUAAAUGAUAAAAUUAAAAAGGAUGGAGGUGUCAUCUGGGAGUUUGACAAGUAGAGUACAAGAGUAAUAUGAAGUUGCAUUAUUCAAACAGAACAAGAUCGUCCAGUUGCUGGGUUUUGUUUUAUUGUUAAUCCUAGUUUUGGAACAUGUAAGCGAACAUCUUUUAAUGCCUCAAUGAAGCUGUACAAAAAUUGGAAGCAAUAAUUGUAAGUUUGUUUUUUGUUUUUGUUUUUUUCAAAGCCAUACUUAACCUCCAAUUCAGUUAUUGGCAGUUUGUUUCUCUAAUUAUUGAUCAAGCACAAGUGAUAUUAAAUGCACUCACUUUUGGUAAA